GCGGUGUAGACGUCAGCACGCACGCACCAGCGACGCGUUAACCCCGACGCGGUGACGUCAUCACGCACGCCGUGUGGCGGUUGGCAGCGACGGCCCUAACCGCGAGAGAGGCGAUUUUGAAGUCUUCGACGUGCCCGCUUCGUUCGGCAAACGUCAACAAAAGUCUCCUCUUUGGUUUGAAUAGAAGCGUCUUGUGACUCGCGUCGUGAACUGCUCCGUCCCGUGACCUUCAAAGGCCUUCGACUUGAGGCACGGAAUUCAGGAGUCGCGGGAUGGAGGAGGAGCGGACGGGCAAGGUCUACUCCCCGCUCCGCUAUUCUGAUGAUCAGCACCAUCACCUCCACAAUCAUCGUCAUCAUGAUCAUCGACCCCUCCAUCACCAACCCCUCCAUCAACCCCUUCUGCAUCGACCGCACAGCUCCGACGGCCCGGCGCCUUGCCCCGACCUCGACCUGACCUUGACCCCGGCGAAGGUCGCCCCUCCGGGCCCCGUGGGGGGCCGGGAACCGGGCGACCUCGACCUUGACCCCGGCCUUGACCCCGGCCUUGACCACGACCACGACCCCGACCUUGACCACGACCCCGGCCUGGACCCGGCGAGGUCGCGACCCCUGGCGGGGCGCGGGGUGGGGCCCUGGGGUCGGAGGCCGACCUCCGACCCCGACCCCGAGCUCGACCUCUCGGCGACCUCGGGGUCGGAGGUCGCGCCGGCCGUCGGCAUCCUGAGGAGGGAGGGGAGGCCGCGUGGGGACAGCGAGCGGAGUCGGCAGGUUCGUUUCCAUGCCCUUGAUGGCGAUGGCGGUGACGGUGGUGAGAACACCACCGACAUUGUGAGCAACGGUGUUGAUGAGGAGGUGGAGGAGGAGGUGGAGGAGGAGGUGGAGGAGGGGGUGGAGGAGGAGGGGAGAGAUAAGGAAGACGUCACAGAGGAAAGUCCGGAGCGUCGGUGCGGACCUGGACCCCCUCCAGAUCCACUCCGUGGGAACUCGCUGCUCGGUCUGGAAAGGGAAAGCAGUCACGACCUUGCGCGACCCCAGAUGAACUCUAGUGCCGGGCUGGGGUGGCAGCUGCGGUGCAUUGUGGGGGAGCGCUUCGAGGGGCGGAGGGCGGCCGUCGCCGACCUGAGGAGCAACGGGCAGCGGAGGAGAAGGCUCGCUCACGUGGCCUCACGCGCGCUGAACGUGCCGCGUGCUGAGUGUCGCUUCCGGGGCCUCGUGAGUCUCGAGGUGGAGGCGGAGUCCCUGCAGCAGCAGCAGCAGCAUCAUCAGCAUCAUCAUCAUCAUCAGCAGCAGCAGCAUCAGCUGCAGCAGGGAGUCCGUCUCCUCGUUGCUUGCAGCAGCAGCAGCAGCAGCAGCAGGGACGUCGCUCACAGCACGGGGCGCAGGCCCCCCCCAGGCGAGACCCCCCAGCUGUGGACGGCGUGGAGAUGCCUGGUGGGACCCAGGGGCAUUGUGGGUGAGGGCAGCGGGGGAGGGGCGGAGGAGCCACCACCACCGCCGCUGCUGCUGCCCCCGCUAAGCGUGGCUCCACUCGCUGCCCUGCCCCGGAGGGAGAGGGCAGGGCUGGCGUGGACACGGGCACAGUGGUGA